AUGAACGCCGAACUUCGAGGCCAGGCCACCGUGGAGAUCUCCGGCGCAGCGCUGCUCCAGAGGGAGCAACACGAGCAGUUUCUGCAGCCUGCCGUGCGGAGUCCGGAGCACCGCCACUGCACCGUCUACGAGCAGUGGCGCAAGAGCUGGCUUGGGAGCCAUGUGGAGAUGCCUCUCGGCUCGACGCCCUACGGAGCCAACGUGGGCACCUGGGAGGCGUGCUUGGACCUCUGCCGGGACACCACGGGCUGCGAGCAAGUGGUCUACCGGGAUGGGUCCUGCUACGGCAUGAGUGAGUCGUCCGACGAGGACCAGGAUGGGCUGGGCGGCAGCAACGAGCACUACACCUCCGCCCACUGCACCUCUGCGAACACCAUCGAGAUGUGCGCGGCUGCAGCCUUGAACCUGUACACGGACGUGGAAAUCCAGGGCUUCGCCUUGCCGAAGGCGCUGGAGGUGUCCCUGGACUCCACGUGGCUGGAGGAUGCCCUGGAAGACGCCAUUCUGAAGGGGGCACAAGCCAUGGUCGACAAGAUGAUUGGCGCCGCCGGCUUGCAGGCCCUGAUUCCUGAUCUUAGCCUCGACUUCUCGACGCCCUCCAUGGUGCUGCUGGCACCCAAGAAGCUCAGCAGCGUGUACAAGAAGUGGCGCAUGCGCUGGCUUGGCAGUGAUGUGGAAAUGCCGCUGGGCUCCACGCCCUACGGAGCCAAUGUAGGUUUGGGUCUUUGCCAGGCAACAGAGGGCUGCCGACAGGCGGGCUGGGGCUGGGUGGAGGUGGUCUAUGCCGCAGGGCACUGCUACGGCAUGAGCGUGGCGUCCAACGAAGACCAGGACGGCUUAGGCGGCCACAACGACCUUUUCACCUCCGCCCACUGCAUCGGUGCCGAGCGACAUUGCGACAUCUUCCUGAACUGGCGUAUGGUCAUGGUCCCGGGCUCCGGCAUCAGUGUCCUGGCGUUUUUGCUUUUCGUGUGGUUUAUGGGAGAUCGGUUUUUGGACCUGGGCCCGUGGCGCCUGGCGGCUUGGGACGACAACCAUCUCUCCAUUGCCGACAAGACGGGUCAGGCUGCCAUCGUCUUUCGCAACGAUGGGGUGGUGCCGCUUAGCUGCGAGCGGAAUCCCAAGCUCCAGCAGCGGACGGAUCUUUUGGCCUUCAGCCGCCCUGUCGCCCCGCCGAAAGGCAUCAAGUUCGGCUUCCAGUUCAUCCAGAUCGGAGAAUUCCGGCUGGGCGCAGUGAACGACAACCACUUCUCCAUCCAGCACUCCGGUGGAACCACCGUGCAGGCCUUCGGCUCAGAUGGCACCGUCUACUCGGGGCCCCUUGAGGACUUUGGGACGUUCGACCGCCCGGUCAUGUCGGCCGAGGGUGUCAACUUCGGCGACGGCUUUCUCCAGAUCGGCCGCUUCCGCCUGGUUGUGAUGGGCUCUGAUUUGGUCCUCUCUCACGGCACUGGCAGCACCAACCAGGUGUGGAAGUCCGAUGGCACUGCGCAGCCCGCCUCAGGAAGCCCUCAUGUGCUAGGCGCCCUGCAGCCUGCGCCGUGGACCUGCAAAGAUCUGCAGGAGCUCGCUUACGGCGCCUGUGGUGCCUUCGGCGCCUUUGGCGACCGCUUUGUGGAGCUCGGGAAUUGGCGCUUGGCGGCUAUUGACGCGACGCACUUGAGCAUCUCUCACAAGGGCGGACAAACGCCACAGAUCUACCGCGCCGAUGGCGUGAUGAUCCCGGGGCGGCACGACUACAGCGCCUGGCAUCGACCGAAAGGCUUCCCCUCCGGCAUCGUCUUCGGCAGCCGCUUCAUUCAGAUUGGAAACUUCCGGCUCGGGGACGCGGACGGACACCACUUUACCAUCUCCCACGAGAAUGGAAUCACCAUCCAAAUCUUCCGCAGCGACGGCACACUGCACCCUGGCCCUCGGCACGAGCUGAAUCUCUGGUCGCGCACAGCAGGUCCGCCUCAGGGCAUCACUUUCGGCGAUCGUUUCCUGGAAAUUGGUUUGUGGCGCUUUGCAGAUGUGGACGGCGAGCAUUUCGCGCUGACGCAGGCGGGAGGGCAGACGGCACAAAUCUUCCGCAGCGACAAUCAGCUGUUCCCGGGACCGAACGCCCACUGGACCGGCGUGUUCGACAGGUAUCCCGAGUACCACUGCGGCUCCAUCCACUCCGUUUUUGGAUCCUGCACCGGGCUUGUCACCGGUGAUCGGUUCAUCCAGUUGGGAGAUUGGCGCCUUGCCGACAUCGACGGAAACCACUUCUCCCUGUCCUGCAAGACGGGGCAGACUUCCCAGGUAUUUCACCGCGAUGGCACCGUGCUACUUGGCAAGAGGCUGAGGGUUUACUUUCAGACGCAGAAUCCGACGGCCAGCCACAACACCUGA